AUGAUCGACCACAGCGUCAUCUUUCGCAAAGUGGAACUCCUGGUUUAUCAUGUAGUCCACGGGGGCCUAUUCCUUCAGGAAGAAAGAAAACAAAUGAGACCAUCCUGGGAUGCCUGGGUACAAGUAACAUCGAAGCGACGUGCAAUCCUUGCCUUAUAUCUCCUCCACUGGGCAUACUCGGUGUUGCAUAAGGUGCCAUGUUUCGACUGCAGGGACCUCGGGUUCAUGCCUGCACCAGCAGCGAAGGUUCUUUGGCAGGCACAGACAGAACAAGAAUGGAACACUCGUUAUAUCCAUUGGCUGUCGCGGUGGAGUGGCAGGGGUUAUCUUCAAGCUGAAUUUGGUAAGAUCAAACCAGGUGUCAUCAUGGAUACACGGGCGGAAAGAUGGUUGGGAGAGGCUGAUGAGUUCGGGUUCAUGAUGAUAUCGAUUGUUAACGCUAAACUGGCAUUGAACCUCAUUCAGACUCACGACUUCGAAUUCAACAUGUAUUCCCCAAAAGUUGGCGAUAGGGUCGAUACCCUCGAUACACCAUCCAUGAUCGCAGACCUCGAUCUCGUCGAGGCCAACAUCAAGAAGCUAAUGGACAAGCUGUUACCAACUGGCCUCGACAUCCGUCCCCAUCUGAAAACAACAAAAAGUGCGAUCCUAGCCAACAAAAUGGUCAAAGCGGGCGCGAAGGGAGGCUGUGUAGCAAAAGUGAGCGAGGCCGAAGUUAUUGCCGCGGCCGGAUUCGACGACCUGUUUAUCACCUGUGAGAUCAUCGGCCCCGCAAAGGUACAACGGCUGGUGGAACUGUACCGCAAACACCGCAAGAUCAGGAUAGUUGUUGACAGCGAAGCUGGCGCCACGGCUAUUGACGAGGCUUUGGCAAAAGCCGGUAUCGACGAACCUAUCUCGGUUCUGAUUGACCUCGAUGUUGGGCUCCAUCGCACCGGUGUCCUACCAGGUGACCCAGCCAUGACCCUAGCACAACAUGUGCAGGGUUUGAAGCAUUUGAAACUGAUUGGGCUCCACGGCUAUGAGGGUCAUUUACAGCAUUUGCAUGAUAAGGAAGAUCGGAAGAGUCAAUGUCUUCAGUCCAUGGAGACCCUCACGAACACUGCAGAUGUGCUGCGGAAGGCAGGCUUCAACAUUGAGGUCGUCACUACUGGGGGAACUGGAACUGCUGAGUUCUGCGCCACUGUACCAGGUGUCACAGAGCUCCAGCCUGGAUCGUUCAUUUUCAUGGAUACGGAUUACCGAAAUGCCGUGGGCACAUUCUAUUCCAACAGUCUCACGAUUCUGUCAACUGUUCUGAGCAAACAAGGUCCUCGGUCGGUCACGAUUGACAGCGGAUUGAAAUCUUUGACGACAGAUAGUGGCUUGGCAGAGUGUAAGGAUCCGAGAUACACCUACGGUGUUCUUGGUGACGAGCAUGGCUCACUCAGUUGGGAGGAGGGUACCCCAGCGCUUUCGGUUGGGGACCGUGUUGAGAUGGUGCCGAGUCACAUUGACCCUACGGUAAAUUUACACGAUUUCUAUUACGCCCAUCGAGGGGGAGUCAUUGAAGAAAUCUGGCCAGUCGAUUCGAGAGGCAAAGUUCAAUAA